AAGGGUCAAUAUUCAGGCUACCCGUAUGUUUAAGCUUUAACGGAGCCGUUCGCAACGUUUAAUCUGAUUCUGUCUCUCUGAAAUAACUAUGGAGAACCAAGCAGUGAAAACAGACAUUCAAGAGAAAGAAAGACCUCUGUCCAGCAUCAGGAUAAUGUCCUUGAUCGGUCUCGGUAUUGGGUUCGUCAGUGUGGUCGUCGGAAUUCUUGUGUUUGUAUUUCUGGAAGGCGGCAAGUACCCCAUUAUCUCGGCAGUUGGUAUUUGGUAUGGACUUAUACAAAUCACCUUUGGGAUGUUAGGACUUUUGGCAUGUCAAUCAACAGAUGAAAAGAAACAGGGAAAUCUGUUAAGUGGACACUACGUUCUCAGCAUCGUUGUCAUGUCUAUGGGAUACGCCCUAGCUGUCGCCAUACAAGCUGUAGCAGCAUGCGGCAACAAGAACGAUAGUUGUGGAACCAACCCGGACACACAGCUUGCUCUCCACAUCGUGAUUCUCUGUGUAAUCGUUGUGGGCAACUUUCUGGGCAUUACCUCCAUGGUUUUCCACAUGAGAAAUAGAAAAAUCCUGCACCCCGAGUGGAAGAACCGCAAAGGAUGUUGUUGUUAAAAGCUAGAAAGAACCGCCAAAAACUUAGUUCAGUCAAAAAAGGAAAGGAAAACGAACUUCAUGUCAGCACUCAAGAAGACAGUUAGUAUCGUAGCCAGUUGAGAAUUGAACCCCUCCCUCUACCUCUGCAUGGUCUUGAACAUUAUAUGUACAUGUUUUGUUGUUAUGCCAUUUAAGCCCACUCUUUUCUUGACUUCAUCAUUGCAGUCAUUUUGUACCAGUUUUUUGUAAAUAAACAUUUCAUGCCUCGACUAAAAGGUUUGAGGUAGGUGUGUUUUAGUGUGACUGAAGAUAUUUUAAAACCAACCGAGAAACGGGGGAACUAUUUAUUUUAUUUAUGUGACUUGAAGAUCUUUGAAUAUUAUAAAGGUCAUGGAGUUUGUAUGUCAUUUUAUGGAUUGUGUUAUUGUUACAUAUAAUAUUAAUUUUGUGUGAAAUGUUCGUUUGUAUUUUGUGUCCUUAUACUGCUUAUAGCUAUUGGGUUUGUAUAAAUAUUUCACGAUCUGAAAUAAAAUAAUUAUUGUUUCAUA